AUGAAGUCAUCGAAAAUGAAGUUUGCGAAGAAGUUGAAAUCGAUUAGAGCCGGCGAAUAUCUCAACCAGGAUCGGAUUCUCCAGGUGCUUUCAGCUGCAGAUGGGAUCUCCGAAUAUCUUCCCAAGAUAUCUAAUCCCAUUUCUCAGAUUACAGCAGGUUCUAUCUGGAGAUCGCCUCAAAUGCUUGAAGAUCAGAUGGCCGAUGGAACGGGACUUGUGGAUAACCAUAAGGAAGGAGAAGAAGCUUCUGGGUGUUUCGCCGGCGACGAGGAGAACGUCCGGCCGCCGGUGAACCAGAUUCCGAGAGUUCCGUGUGAUCGGAGAGAUAGCAAAUCGGCGGUUUCUGGCGGUUUUGAUACCGGUGUCGGCAGAAAGAAUCUCGGAUCUGGAUUUAGAAGACCUGAAUUGAAUUCAACCACACUUUUCGAUCCGAAGCUACUUGAAGCGUUCGAAUUAGCUGUGGGGUGCUUUAGGAGAUUACACGAAUUUUCCAGAGAAUCCAAAGUCGAUGAUGAAGAAGACGGUAUCGUCUUUCCAGCUGUUGUCAGCGAGAUCGAGGAUGAGAAAAUUGAGAAAUGCGAUGGUCCUCUUCCUCCAGUAAUAGCCGUCAACGAACAAGAGGAAGAUAGAGGGAAAGACGAAAAUGUCCUUCACAAUGAUGCUACCCUUCAGAAAGUAGCAAUGGCGGAAGAAGUCGGAAUCGAGAGAAGACCAAUCGGAGAAGACGAUAGUGGAAAAGACGGAAUUAUCCUUGCCAACCCGUUAUUGGAAUUUGAGGAACGGUGUCCUCCGGGAGGAGAGGAAUCCGUAGUGUUCUACACGACGACACUUAGGGGAAUCAGAAAGACAUUCGACGACUGCAACAUGAUCCGGUUUCUGCUGGAUAGCUUUAAGGUUAAGUACUACGAGAGAGAUGUGUCGAUGCACAGACAUUACAGGGAAGAGCUCCGGAGAAUUUCAGCGGUGGGGGAAACAGAGGUUUUGCCUCCGGUUCUGUUCAUAAAAAGAAGGUGCAUCGGCGGAGCUCAGCGAGUAUUGAGUCUACACGAGCAAGGUAAGCUUAGAGCUUUGUUUGACGGCAUUCCAAUCGCCGGAGAUAAACUUUGCCAGCGGUGCGAUGGGUUCAGGUUUUUGAUGUGUGAGGGAUGCAGAGGUAGUCGCCGGAUUGUCUGUGGUGAUGGAACAAGGAUUCAGUGUUUGUUAUGUAACGAGAAUGGGUUGAUUGUGUGCGUUGAUUGCUCGUAA